AUGAGUACAGAAGAAAGAGUAUUUGAAUGUGAUGUUUGUCAUGCGACAUUUAAAGAAAAAUCUAGUCUGAAUCGGCAUGUGAUUACUCAUACAGAGGAAAGACCAUAUAAAUGCGAUGUAUGUUUUGCAGCAUUUAGGGAAAAAGCAAAAUUAAAUAUGCAUAUGGUGUUACAUGGAAACAAACAAUUUAAGUGUACAAUGUGUCAUAGAUCAUUUACACAAAAAACAGCAUUGAACAAUCAUAUGUUAGCACAUAGUGGUGAGAAACCACAUGCAUGUAAUAUUUGUGAAAAAACAUAUAAACGAAAAUCAGAAUUAAUAAGACAUACUAUGGUUCAUACUGGUGAAAGACCAUAUGAAUGUAAAGAAUGCCUAAUGACUUUUCGAGAAAAAGCAAAAUUAAAUUCUCAUAUGCUUGUGCACACAGGUGAAAAACCACAUGAGUGUCAUAUAUGUCAUAAGGCAUGUGCCCGCAAAUCCGAUCUUAAUAGUCAUAUGCUAUUACAUACAGGGGGCCAAUAUGAUUGCAAAGUUUGCGAUAAAAUAUUUACUCGUAAGUCGGAUUUGAAUCGACAUACUUUGAUACAUACAGGCGAAAAGCCAUUUGCUUGUGAAUUAUGCGACAUGGCCUUCAGAGAAAAAACUAGAUUAAAUUCUCAUAUGCUUAUACAUACUGGCGAUAAACGACAUGCCUGUCACAUUUGUCAAAAAACAUUCAAAGAGAAGUCUUCAUUGCGAAAACAUAUGUUAAGUCAUACUGGUGAUAGACCAUAUGAAUGCUAUGUAUGCCAUAAAGCAUUUACUCAAAAAACAACAUUAAAUAGUCAUAUAUUAGUACAUGCAGGAGAACGACCAUACGAGUCUGCGUUAAAUAGUCAUUUAUCCACAAAUCAUACAUCCUAA